GUUGUCAUAAGUUAACAAUCGUUCAUCCUAUUCCCACAUAUUAAGAAUUGAUUGUUAAUUUGAGAAAAUACUAAGGUUUGUGAUCAUGGCAACUAGAUACUUAGGCUUUGCAACAGUUGUGCUUACUGCAAGCAUUUUAGUGAUAGGAAUUUAUGCUCAAGUUGAAUGUGGUGGUAAUAUUCCUAGCAUUAUAUCUCAAUGUAAACGUUUCGUCGAAAAGGAUGGGCCAAAGAUUCCACCAUCGAAACCUUGUUGUGCAGCAUUGAAAGGUGCUAAUGUUCCAUGUUACUGCAAAUAUGUGACUCCUAGUAUUGAGAGUAUAAUCAGCAUAGACAAAGCUUUGUACGUAGCCAAAACUUGCCAAUUGCAAAAUAUUCCUACAGACAAGUGUGGAAGUUAUGUUAUUCAUCAUCCUGCACCUUCAAUGGCGUGAUGACAACAUUGAGCGCAUGCAAAUUAUUGACAUCCAUUUAUGUAUAUGGAUAAAAUAAAAUAAACCCAACAUGCGCCUUUUUAAUUAUAUUUUUUAUGUCUUCCCUUCCUUGUAUUUGUAUUAGCAUGAGUUUAAUGACAUGAUCAUACUGUUAUUAAUUUAAAAAAGUUACAAGGUUAUAUUUAGUAAUCACA